CGAACUUUCGACGGACGGUUCCACUACUGAAUGACAAUGCCAUUGUGCAAUCGUUGCCAACGUGAAGAUGGAGAACUACUGCGUGGAGAAAACAAUCGCGAAUGCGCUGUAUGGCCAAGUGCUGUUGGCCCACGACGUCCGCACGGGAGACCUCGUGGCCAUCAAGAAGAUGAACGCGGCGGCGGCGGCCACGCACACCGUCGUGCGCGAUGGCAUGUCUCGCGUGCCGGAAGACAUUCAAGUCGAAAAGCAAGUCAACCGACUCCUGCGCCACCAUGGCGCGCACCCGCACAUCCUUCGCAUGCGCGACGACUUUGUCCAAGGCGACGACGACCACAUGGUGUUUGACUACUGCGCACGCGGCGACUUGUUUGACGUUCUCGAACAUGGCGCACUGUCCCCACCGCUCGUGAAGCGCUACUUUCGGCAAAUCGCCAGCGCCGUCACCCACUUGCAUUCGAACGGAAUUGCCCACCGCGACCUUUCGCUUGAAAACGUCCUCCUGGAUGCCAAAAACAAUUGCUACGUGUGCGACUUUGGUCUCGCGACGUCCGCGACGAUGCCGUGCGACGAAACGGUUGGAAAACACUUUUACAUGGCCCCCGAAGUCGUCCAAGGCUGUCACUACGACCCGGCCCAAGCGGACGUGUGGUCGCUCGGCAUCAUGUUGUUCAUGCUCGUCACUGGUUCCCCCAUGUGCAUGAAAGCGACGCCACGGGAUUCCCGAUUCGCCUACUUUACAAAACACGGCCUCGCCAAGUUAGUCGCAUCGUGGAACAUCAAGGUAGACCCCCAAGUGAUCGACUUGCUCGAGAACAUGCUUCGCGUGAACCCGUCCGACCGCUUCACGAUGCAGCAAGUCGUCAGCCACAUGUACGUCGGCGGUGUCCGUGUGGCGUCGCCCAAAUCCGUUUCGUCCGAUGCCAUCGACGCAACCUCGGCCGUCAAGGCCAAGCCCGUGUCGAUGCUCCGCCGCUUGUUCAAACGAAAGGUUGCGGACGUCCACUCCUUGGCGUGCAAUUAGUCGGGUCGUGUAUUUAUUUUGGGUUAAUUUACAAUUGCAAGUCAAGGUUUUGUGGCUUUGCAGCAUCCGAA